GAAUCUCGCUGGUCCUACGACCGGGUCCGGAGCUCGGAGAGCCCCACGUCGCGGAAAGGAGCGCCGGAAGGGGGGAGGAUCGACAUCGGAGGGAAGAUCAAGAACGUCCUUGAAGUCAGUCCUCUGAUGAACUCAACAUUUUCAGGCUUUCAGCAUGCAGAUUUGUUAGCCUUUUUAAGCAUCUAGAGCCUGACGAGCUGUUAUUGAUGCCAUUCACUGUUUGCUUAGCAGCAGGAGGGCCUGGCGGCGGUGGCCGACAACACGACACCCUGUGCCGGCGCCGGCGGCAGCGCCGUCGUCGCCGCCCGGAAGCUGCAGAUCAGGAGGAAGGCGUGCAGCAUGGACUUCCGGAGCGCGAACCUGGUCAGCCCCGACACGCCGAUGCUGUCCGACGACGUGGAGUCGCCUCAGAUCAAGGCCUCUCGCGACGUAGCGAACGCCAUGGCGGCCAAGGUGAAGCUGCUGCAGCGCGAGCUCAAGACGUUGAAGGCCGACCUCGCCUUCUCCAAGGAGCGGUGCGCGCAGCUGGAGGAGGAGAACCGGCAGCUCCGGGACGGCAACCCCGACGCCGACGAGGACAUGAUACGGCAGCAGCUGGAGACGCUGCUCGCGGAGAAGGCGCGGCUGGCGCACGAGAACACGCUGUACGCCCGCGAGAACCGGCUCCUGCGGGAGAUCGUCGAGUACCACCAGCUUAACAUGCAGGACGUCGUCAACCUCGACGAGGACGACGACGACAUCGAGGAGGAGGACGAGGAAGAUGUCGACGCCGAGGACGACGACGACGCGGAGCAGUACCAGGAUCGCGGCACGUCCUCGCCGUCCCACCUUGCGCAGGAGGAAAAGGAGCACCAGGCGGCCGCUCCGGAGGGCGAUCCGGACGCCGCCCCGCAGUCGCCCUCCCGGCAGACGGAAUCGCCGCGGACGCCGAGCACGAACAGCGGCGGCGCCAUGGACAAUGAGCCGCCGCGGAUGCUGAACACGAACAGCGGCGGCACGGUUGAGUACGAACCCCAUCGGCUGCUGAGCACAAACAGCGGCGUCAUCUCUGACGAUGAUUCGUCUGCGGUGCCCCGGAGGUCCAAGGAUGAUGGCUCGUCACCUGAAACGACGCGCGACGGCUGACGAAAGGCGGCUGAAAUAGUGCAAGCUUGUAGAGGACACGUGUCGUCUCUGAUUUGUUAUUGUGAUUUUGUUGAAUGUAAUUCAUAAAAUUCACCUGAUCUGGGUGAA